AUGCUCGAAGCGCUGGGCCAUGAUGUCGCUGAAAUCUACAUCUACGCAGUGUUCCCCCCCUCCAGUAAAUCCAUUUCAUCAUGUUUGUUUCGUGGUAAGCAAGUCUUGUCCAAACAAACCGUCUCUUUUCUUUCUUUCUUGUAUUCCUUUCUCUCUUUGCCGUCUUUCAUUUUCCCUUUUCAGCCACAGUCUCUUGUUCAUACGUCCGCAAGUCAAAGAUACCCCAAACGAAACGUCUCGCAUUUUGGCUCUCCGUUCAAAAUGUCCAGCCUGAAAAACGAACUCUCCUCGGUGGACUACGAAGUCGAAGCGCAGGACGCCGAGCGCCACUCCCAGCUGCAGUCCAAGCACCGCCUCCUCAGCAUUGUCCACAACUCUCGCAUCGCCCUGACGGUGCUGGCCCUGGCGGCCGGCAUCACCACCCUGGGCGUUUCGGCCAACGGGCUGCUUGUCUACCACGAGACGUAUCUGCCCGCCGAGUUCUACCUGUCGCUAUGGCCUGCGCAGUUUGAUCUGCGUCCCACUGCCGCGUUGAUUGCCGGCGGAGUGAUUGUUACCGUGGCCAAUGUUGUGUCACUCUUCUUCAGCAAGAUUCAGGCUCUUCGUAGCCUGACAGGCCCCCACGCAAUCGCCAGCAUUGCUGCCCCGGCUGUUGGCUUCAUCGCCUCUCUCGUCGCCAUGUCCCUCUUUUACGCCGUCAACUCCUCCUCCACCGUCGAUAGCCUCCAGAGCUGGACGUGCCGCUGGACCGCCGUGCCCACGAACGCUCAGCCGCACUUUGGCGCCCUGUGCAAACAAAGCCAGGCCGGUGUCAUCCUCUCGGUGCUGCUUGUUCCGCUGGAAGCUGCCAUUCUAGGAGCGGCAGGAUAUCAGGCCAUCCUCGAGCGAAAGGCCACAAGAGCAUGA